AGGAUGUGCGCUGCUCCACUAAAAACCCUUCGGACGGAGAGGCAAUUAAAAAACAGUGGAAUGGAAAGCAAGUGCUGUGGUCAUUCCAUGUUCUGCUCCUUAUCAACAAUGUAUACAUUCCUGUUAGGCACCGUAUUCAUUGCUUUAAGCUCAAGUCGAAUCCUACUGGUAAAAUAUUCAGCCAAUGAAGAAAACAAGUAUGAUUAUCUUCCAACUACUGUGAAUGUGUGCUCAGAAUUGGUGAAGCUAGUUUUCUGCAUGCUUGUGUCAUUCUGGGUUGUAAAGAAAGAUCAUCAAAGUAGAAACUUGAGAUGUGCUUCCUGGAAGGAAUUCUCUAAUUUCAUGAAGUGGUCCAUCCCUGCCUUUCUUUAUUUCCUGGAUAAUUUGAUCGUCUUCUAUGUCAUUUCCUACCUUCAGCCUGCCAUGGCUGUUAUCUUCUCAAAUUUUAGCAUUAUAACAACAGCUCUUCUAUUCAGGAUAGUGCUGAAGAGGCAUCUAAGCUGGAUACAAUGGGCUUCCCUCCUGAUUCUGUUCUUGUCUAUUGUGGCCCUUACUGCUGGGACUGAGACUUCACAGCAUAACCUGGCAGGACAUGGAUUUCAUCAUGAUGCCUUCUUCAGCCCAUCCAAUGCCUGCCUCCUUUUCAGAAGCGAGUGCCCCAGAAAAGGCCAUUGCACAGCAAAGGCAUGGACUUUUCCUGAAGCUAAGUGGAACACCACAACCGUGGUUUUUAGUCACAUCCAUCUCGGCUUGGGCCAUGUGCUUAUUAUAGUCCAGUGUUUUAUUUCUUCAAUGGCCAAUAUCUAUAAUGAAAAGAUACUGAAGGAAGGGAACCAGCUCGCUGAAAGCAUCUUCAUACAGAACAGCAAACUCUAUUUUUUUGGCAUUCUUUUUAACGGACUGACGCUGGGCCUUCAGAGCAGUAACCGUGAUCAGAUUAAGAACUGCGGGGUCUUCUAUGGCCACAAUGUGUUUUCAGUUGCUCUUAUUUUUGUGACUGCAUUCCAGGGCCUCUCGGUGGCUUUUAUUCUCAAGUUCCUGGAUAACAUGUUCCACGUCUUGAUGGCCCAGGUCACCACUGUCAUCAUCACAACGGUGUCUGUCCUGGUCUUUGACUUCAGGCCCUCCCUACAGUUUUUCUUAGAAGCACCCUCAGUUCUUCUCUCCAUAUUUAUUUACAAAGCCAGCAAGCCUCCAGGUCUGGAGUUCGCACCUAGGCAAGAAAGAGUCCGAGAUCUAAGCGGCAGUCUCUGGGAGCGCUCCAGUGGGGAUGGAGAAGAACUGGAAAGACUUACCAAACCGAAAAGUGAUAUUGAGUCAGAUGAAGAUACUUUCUAAUUGGUACCCAAAUGAUUGGCAGCUCUCAGAAACCUUAUUUUCACAUUUUCAGCAUGUGUAAUAUUUAUCUUUUCACUUUGAUAAACAAGAACAUUUCUAAAGCAUUAUACUCUUUGCAUAUAUGUAACCACUCCCUAAACAGUUCCAUCCAAGGCUUAGGGUACCCAAAGGCUAAAACAUUCUAAGGAACUGACGUGGGAGUAAGAGUAUGGAGACUGAAUUAAUGGUACUUGGUAAGUCAACAAGACACAUUCCCAGGUUAUCUUCCUUGUCCUCCAGGGUUCCAAAAAAACUUGUAAUAAUCACGUUGGCUGUACCUUAUAAAUACACAAAUAGCGGUCAGUUUGCCAGAUACUCAUAAUUAUGUAGUUCCACUCUGCAUGCUAAAGUCUCUCCUUAUGUAUCAUUAUAAAUAUCACCUAGGUUGUCCCUUGAAUUUUGAAGUUCU